CAUUGGUCUCACACACACACACAUACACACACUUGUAUAUAUAUGUAAUGCAUAGUACAACAAAGGUCACAAAUUACCAAACAAAAAAAACUUCCAAGAAAAAAUGGAGUGGACUAGAGGCCACAUCAUAGGCCACGGCGCCUCCGCCGCCGUCUCGAUCGCGGUCUCCCGCAUCUCCGGCGACGUCUUCGCCGUAAAAUCGGCCGAGUUAGCUAGGUCCGAGUCACUACAGAGGGAGCAGAGGAUCCUCUCCACUCUGAAUUCCCCGCAUAUAAUUGGCUAUAAAGGGUUCGACAUAACCGUAGAGAAUGCUACGAGCGUGUUCAAUCUGAUGAUCGAACACGCCCCCGACGGAGCGCUGACGGACGCGCUCCGUCGCGGCGGGGGCCGCCUCCCCGAGGCGGCCAUCCGCCGCUACGCCCGAGGGAUCGUGAUCGGAUUGGAGCACUUGCACUCGAGAGGGAUAGUGCAUUGCGACAUCAAGGGGAGCAACGUGUUGGUGGCCGGCGGCGGCGCCGCCAAAAUCGCGGAUUUCGGCUGCGCCAAGGCGGCGGGGGAGGCCGCGGCGAUUGCCGGGACUCCGAUGUUCAUGGCGCCGGAGGCCGCCCGAGGGGAGGAGCAGGGGUUCGCCGCGGACGUGUGGGCGGUGGGGUGCACGGUCAUCGAGAUGGCCACCGGCCGCGCGCCGUGGCCCGAGGCGGCGGAGACGCUCCGACGCAUCGCGUUCUCCGGCGAGGCGCCGGAGUUUCCGGCGGUGUUGUCGGAAUUGGGGAAGGAUUUCUUGAGCAAGUGCUUGAGGGUCGAUCGGAGAGAGAGGUGGACGGCGAAGGAGCUGCUCCGGCAUCCAUUUCUCGACGAUUUUGAAUUGAUCGGAGAUGGAACUGAUUCUCCGACGAGUGUUCUUGAUCAUGGGAUUUGGAGCUCGGUUGAGGAAGAAUCUUCGCAUGAUUCGAUUGAGAUGGAUCUUGCAGAAUUUUUUAGAUUCAAAGAGAUUUGUAUGAAUUCAAGAAUUGAAAAGUGGGAUUGGACAGAGAGCUGGAUAACGAUCAGAGACGGUGAAAACGUUGACUUCGGCAGUAACGGUAGAUUUUUAGAAGUGAAAAACAGAGUUUUUUUACUUAGUUGAAAAUUUCGAAGUUUCAGGGGGAGAUGUACAGAGUUUUUAGUGUAGGAUCAAUUUGAUUUUUGGAUAAAUUGGUACUCACUUUUACAGUUCA